AUGAAAAGUGCAUUAAUUGCUUGUCUCAUCUUGAGCGUAUUUAGUGUUGAGAUUUCUCUCAAUAAUGUUGCCACGACAUAAGCACUUGAGAAAUUAAAGGAGUCCUAAUGGGCAUCAUUCAUCGUUGACUUUGCUGAAGUUGAAUUGUCCAGUGGAGGAGCUCUGACAGAAUUGGUAGAGGCUAUUAGUCAAUUGAUUGAUUAAUUAGAAGAAGAGUUGGAUGAUAUUCAUCAUGCCUAUUCUAAAAGAACAGACGAGCACAAUCGUGAUGUGACUAGAUUAGAAUAAGAGAUCUAAGAUGCUGAUAGAGACAUCUUUAACGGAGAAGAUUUCAUUGACAACGUUCUUAUCCCAUAAAAAGAGAGAUUUUAAUCUGCCUUAGCAUAAUUGAAGAACAAUAUUGAAGAAAACAGAAGAGUUCUUGAUGGCGAAACUGUCAACAGAAAGAAAUAGCAUGAGCAAUUUUUAUCCAACAUUGCUGAAAUCAACGAGGCUAUUGGUGCUGUCCGAUGAAUCCCUUGGAUUAUUGUCAUAAAUUACAAAUCCAUCCCUUGUUUAAUUCAAGAGAGUGUAAACAAAUCUGAAUAGAAUCUAAUCAUCAUUCUAAAACCAUUCCUCAUUUGCACCAAUCAUUAGAGCACUUCUUGAAUUGGCAACAGAAUAAAACUUCGCUGAUUAAGGAUCCCUUCAAUAACUUGUUAAAAUCUUCAACGAAUUGAGAGUCUAAUUUGUUGAUUCUCUUAAUCAAGAGACAGCUGAUGAAAACGCAGCUGAAACUAAAUUUGCUGAGAGAGUUGCCUAAUUAGAAAAGGAAUUUGCUGAAUUCUAAAGAGCAGUUUUGAUCAAGAACUCUGAAUUAGCUGCUAA